CAUGCGCAGUGGGCGCGUGGUGGGCGGAGAGGAUGUUCUUGUUUAUUUUCAUGGCCAGUUAACCAUAAACGUGUUGUUAUAUUAUAUUAAUAUACAUUACAUACAUAUAUAUGUAUAUUUACAGUUUUAGUGUAAUAAGGGCAACAGAUAAACAGGUAUUUAUAAUGCUGUAAUGUAACAUGUCAUGAGGUAGCAGCGGAUCAGAGAGGAGGAAGCAGAGCUAGCCUUAGUUAGCUUAGCUGUUAGCAUAAUGUGCUAGCAAGCUAACCUAAAUAUCAUUAAUGCAAUUUAGUUAACGCAUUUAACCUUUAGGUAGCGAAAGCCACUCACGUAUCCCAUCUUGCACCACUGGGACUAACGCUGCAGGUGGAAGGAAGAAGUCAGAAAUCACAGUUGCUACACUUGGGCAGCAUUUGAUCAACAGUAAUCACCUUGAAACAUUUAAACUGUUAAAGGCAUAGAGGAUACAACUUGAAAGUCUCCCCAAGGGUGAAACCUAAGGAGCAAGAUGUCAAUCACGAACACUCCCACGAGUAAUGAUGCCUGUCUGAGCAUUGUGCACAGCCUGAUGUGCCACCGACAGGGAGGGGAGAGUGAAACCUUUGCUAAGCGAGCUAUUGAGAGUCUUGUCAAGAAGCUGAAGGAGAAGAAAGAUGAGCUGGAUUCCCUCAUCACCGCCAUCACUACGAAUGGAGCUCAUCCUAGCAAGUGUGUAACCAUACAACGAACUUUGGAUGGACGCCUACAGGUUGCGGGGCGCAAAGGUUUCCCCCAUGUUGUCUAUGCCCGACUGUGGCGAUGGCCUGAUCUACACAAGAACGAAUUAAAGCACGUGAAAUAUUGUCAGUAUGCCUUUGACUUGAAAUGUGACAAUGUUUGUGUCAACCCAUACCACUACGAGAGGGUCGUCUCUCCUGGCAUUGGUACGUACCUCACAGACUUAUCAGGGCUGACCCUUUCAAAUUCAGAUCGACUCUUGGUAAAGGAUGAGUAUGAGUAUGACUAUGACUACGACAACCAGCAAUCUCACUCAAGCUCUGAAAGCCACCUGCAGACUAUCCAGCAUCCCCCGUCAAGACCCGGUCCACAGGAGACCUUCAUCAACCCCGCUCUACUCCCCCCGGUGGAGGGCAGCAGUUCAGCUUCAACCUCUGCUUUCUCUAACAUCAGUGCUGGACCCUCAAAUCCCACCCCCAAUUGGAGCAGAAACAGCAGCUUCAACUCUGCAGUGCCUCAACAUCAGAACGGGCAUCUACAGCAUCAUCCAGCCAUGCCCCACACAGGGCAUUACUGGCCCGUUACCAAUGAAAUUGCGUUCCAGCCCCCCAUAUCCAGUCACCCUGCUCCAGACUACUGGUGCUCCAUUGCGUACUUUGAGAUGGAUGUCCAAGUUGGGGAGACGUUUAAGGUGCCAUCCACAUGUCCGAUAGUGACUGUGGAUGGCUACGUGGAUCCAUCAGGAGGGGACCGCUUUUGCUUGGGCCAGCUGAGCAAUGUCCACAGGACAGAGAACAUAGAGAGAGCCAGGCUCCACAUUGGCAAAGGCAUGCAGCUGGAGUGCAAAGGUGAAGGAGACGUCUGGGUGCGCUGUUUGAGCGAUCACGCGGUGUUUGUGCAGAGCUAUUACCUGGAUCGAGAGGCUGGACGUGCCCCUGGAGAUGCAGUUCACAAGAUCUACCCCAGUGCUCACAUCAAGGUGUUUGACUUGCGUCAGUGCCACAGGCAGAUGCAGCAGCAGGCAGCGACAGCUCAGGCAGCAGUUACAGCUCAGGCAGCAGCCGUGGCCGGGAACAUACCCGGGCCCGGCUCUGUGGGAGGCAUCGCCCCGGCCAUCAGUCUGUCUGCUGCUGCAGGCAUCGGGGUUGAUGACCUGCGCAGGCUGUGCAUCCUGCGGAUGAGCUUCGUGAAGGGCUGGGGGCCCGACUACCCACGGCAAAGCAUCAAAGAGACGCCAUGCUGGAUCGAGAUCCAUUUACACCGAGCUCUACAGCUGCUGGAUGAAGUUCUGCAUACCAUGCCCAUCGCUGACCCUCACCCGCUUGACUGAGAUAAAAGACAUGAACUGUACAAAGAAAGAGGAAACAAUCAGACUUGAUUUUUUAACAGAGCACUCCGCCUAUAGGCCCCGGGGUGCUGAAGGAGGACUGCAACGACACAGGGAUGCCGAGUUGGUUGUAGGAGUAUGAACAAGGACAUAAAGGCCGGCAGUAUACUCUAAACACACUGCUUUGAAAUAUACUGAGUGAGACUCCAGGUCUGUAAGUGUCAGUGACUUCCAAACAACAGCCGGAGGACCAUGUGAAGUACACUGGGAGGAGUCGUAGUACUCCAAAAACACGCUGCCAAGAGGAUGAAAAAGGAAGCCAGUACUCUGACAUUGUUCAGCAAUUGGAAAUUCACAACAGCUGGAAGCAAACAAGGCUUUGCGUGUCUCGAAUUGAUACAAAAAUACUCGCAAAUUGAUAGAGCGAGAUGAAAAGAUGCCAUCAGUUAUUUAUUAGCCUUGGUGCUGUACAAAAGAAAUGCAUAACCACAAGAGAGUGUAGGGUGUCAAACACAAACUGAUGUAUUCUCAGCUGCAGUCUUUUUUUCAGUGUGAACAUUUCCACAUUUAACAUUUUAAGAUGUAUCGAACCCCCCAUAACUUACUGACAAAAUUCUUUAUUUGGAUUAUUUAAUAAGAGGGCAGACAAUUUGGCUUAAAACCAGUAAAGUGGAGCACGAUUUGAUGCCUUGUAUUGGAUGAAAACCUGUUCUUUACCCUGUCUGAACACACUAAAUGUCAUUUCAGUUGCAGUAUACUGCCGAUCCAGUCCGCCUUCUUUGGCUCUCCAGGCGCUUAUAUGGCUUCAUGUAAGUGGAGUUUUUCACCUCACAAAUCAGGACAUUUAUGUAAUAUCUUGUUAUUCAUUACUUAUUCUUAUAAGAUGUAAUCUUAAAUAUUUUUCAAUGCCGUCUGUCCUUGUUUGACAUUUUUUUUUUAUUUAUAUUCCCCUUUUGAAUAGUUUUUUUUUACUGAAGAGCAUUUGAAAAGCAUAUUUGAGCUGACCUCAGUUUCUCUUUCAACACCAUAAAACCUCCAUUAUUCUCCCGCCAGUCAAGGCUGUUGUGACAUUGAGAAAUUAUGUUUUCGACUGAAGUUUUUCAAAUGUCAAAAUCACAUUGAAAUGAUGGAAUAUUUUCAAAAGAAAAAGGUUAUAAUAACAAAUCGUAAUAUUAUUUAUAAUUUAUUUUAAAAAUUAGAUGCCCACAUAGUGUCCGUCAGCACUUUAUUAAUUUGAUUAAGUAUUUUGUCUUGUUUCGUAGUCUCAUGCAUGGUCACUUGUAUCCAUAUAAUUUCUUAGAAUAGUUGAAAAGUUUUUCUUGCUUAAUGACCUUGGUGAGAGCUGUGAAAAAUGUGCUUCAAGUUGUCUGCCUAAAAUCUAUGUUUUCAGUGUCAAACACUCACCCACAGCAGGUUUGAAAGGUGUAUUUAACUCUGACAGUUUGGAACAUAUUGAGCUGCGGUGUACCCUUGUCAGUGCAGGAUGAAACUACCGUGAAACGACCACCUUUCAAACCUACAGUCUGUGAAUCUUUGAUAUUUAAAAGAUGCAUUUUGGGUGGAACAUCUCUUUUAAGAUAGCUCACCGCCACCCAUUUGAAUUUGCGUAUAACUUGGAUGACACUUACCGUAACGUAUUCAGGGACAACAGCUGAGUAUAAGAAUGAACUGUGAGAGGAAGUGUAAGCCAUACUGAUGCCAAAUAUACCCUACGAAUCACGAAUGAGUCAUUUCAGUGUUAUGCCGCUUGUAAAAGCUUGAUUUUAAUUAUAAACUGAAUGAAUGAUUUCAGUUUUUUGCUCAGCACAAAUCAAUAUUUUGGUAUUUGGAGCUCUGUUUACCGACAGCUGUUGCAGUAUUUUAUACUCUUUUGCUACCUUUACAGUGAUGAACCACAAAAUAGAAAAGAAUGCUGUACAAUUUUCAGGAAAUGCAAGUUCAUGCUCAUCUUAAUCUUUACCCGUUGUGUCAUACGUACUGAGUUUGAAUGCUAUUGGUGUUUAUAUGUAUGGUUGAAUAAAAGUCAAUGGGAUAACA